UGCCCGCGGUUUAGGCAUGGAUGUAUUAGGAAAGCAACAACACUCCGGGAAAUAUAGUCGGACAUAUCUAUUAGGCAGUAAAAAUAAUGUCUACAUAUCUGAUCUCGAUGCGUCAGUCGUCCAGCGCGUGGAGGAGUGUCAUCCCUCAGAAUCGACCGCCGUCCCCUCCGUGGGGGUCGUGGGGGGUUCACUGUCACACGGGUCCCGACGUGGUGUUACAGCGGACAGGAGCGCUCGAUAACCAGGUAACAAAAAGGCACAGAAAGGUACGAUCUUCAUGUCAGUCAGUACUGUCCUGCUUUGACCAGCAGUACAGUCAGGAGCUUGGAGACCUGUGGGCAUAUGCAAGAGCAGUGCUCCUGGACCCUAACUCUUGGCAGUACGGGGUCAUGCUCAACCGCUUCAGCGCUGUGACAGGCGUCACUCAGGUCCUCCAAUCACAGGGCUUUUCCACAUUGCUGCCGCAAACAGGUGUCUCCACGUUGCUUGGUAACGGCUCCUCAACAGUGUCACAUUCAAAAUACCAAGCAGGAAAAGACUCUCUGUCGCCUCCUGACUCUGACUACAUCUCCAGGUGUCCUCCUAAUGACUCCCAUCUCCAACCGGACAGCACCUCUCAUGUGCUCGGUCGAGACCUUCAAUCACAGCCGUCGCUCAGCUUGUCCAGUCCUACACUACAGUGUUACAUCCAUCCACGUCCACUGCGGUUCCCCUCUCAGGCUCACAGGCAUGGCCAGCUGAAGCAGUACUACCUCCUGAAUGCCGCCUCCCUGCUUCCGGUGCUGGCUUUGAAAGUCAGAGAUGGGGAGAAGGUUUUGGAUCUGUGCUCUGCGCCCGGGGGCAAAGCCGUAGCCAUAAUGCAAUGUGCCACCCCAGCACUUCUCUGCUGUAAUGAACCAGACCCUCACAGACGCGACUGGCUGGCCAAAACCCUGGAGUCCUUCUUGUCUCCGUCGCUCACCACCAGAGUGGUCGUGUCUGCACAGGAUGGACGCUCUUUUGGGAACAGUGAGGCAGGAACGUAUGACAAGGUUUUAGUCGAUGCUCCAUGUUCGAACGACCGGAGCUGGUUGUAUUGUGGCAGCCAGCAGGGGGAACAGAGACUGAAGGAAAGAGCCAGGCUGCCGGCGCUCCAGGCUCAACUGCUUAGGUCUGCGCUGUCAGCCGUGCGUCCAGGCGGCGUUGUGGUCUAUUCCACCUGCACUCUGUCCAACUUUGAGAACUGUGCCGUGGUUGAGGCGGUGCUGAAUGAGUGUCCUGAGGCCGAACCCGAAGACCUGUGGGAGGAGAUUGCCAUCCCUUUAGCAACAUACUUUACAUUUAGGACUGCUCACCCUGCUCAUGGCAAGCCGUCCCUGCAGCCACAGAAUGGCUCUUAUCACCACAGACUCGGCAUUUUAGUGGUUCCUCAGCCAGGCAAGACCUGGGGACCCAUGUUUUUGUCUCGGAUAAGAAGGAGGAAAUAGUGUGGAAUCAAACACACACAUUUCCUUUGUGUGAACCCUUGUUACCUGCAGGUUUAAAGUACCUCCUGGAACUGUUGUAAAUUGUAACUCAGUUACAAAAACUGACAAACAUCCUAAUUUGAUAUAGAGAUCUUGUGUUCACAGCUUUUUCUGCUGCCCCCAAAUGGCCCAAACAAUCAUUAAUUGCAGAUUGAAUAGUUUUCUUAUAGCUUUUGCAGUAUUUAUUAUUAUGAUUGAUUGUAACUACUGACACUGCAGAUGUACAAUUAGAUAAUAUCGACCAACCAUGUUUUUUUUAAGUGCUUCCCAUUAAUAACUGUGUCCACGUUGUAUAAUAACAUUGAUCAUACGGUAAGCCGAAUGUGAAAUUGUAAUAUAAAAAAAUAAUUCACAGUGCAUUCUAUUAGCAGUGAGGGCUUAUGGUGUGAAUAUCAUUUUCUAGUUAGAGAAGGAGAGAGGACAUUAAAAGCACCACAUAAACUCA